AGAUAGAUAAGCUAGGUACUUAACUAAUAUUUCAAUUACUCCAUUCCAUUGCUUAGAAUUAUAUUUGAAUUAUUUUUAUUUGGAAAUUCUCUUUCUUUUCUUGAUAUCAACAGAAGUCGCAACAAACAAACAAACAACUCGCAAUCCUUACGUGCUUCCCACACAAAUCACCAAAAUUAUAUCGAAUAUGCCGAAAAAGCGAAGAGUUGUGGCAAGUGACGCCAGCGACGAUGAGAAGGACUACAGGGACAAAAGGAAAAGAAACAAUGAGGCUGUUAAGAAGAGUCGAUUUAAGUCAAAGCAGAGAACACAAGAGACAUUUACCAAAGUGAGCAAACUAAAGGAAGAUAACAAAGUACUUGAAGAGAAAGUCAAAAUGUUGACUCGAGAAUUGCAGUGUUUGAAAGAUCUGUUCCUUGCUCACGCGGCUAACAAAUCACAGACGUCGUUUGCCGGGAUCGAUCUGCAGAAACUCCUUGCAGAUAUACCUGACGAUAAAGAAUCAAGUAGUAAAUAAGAAAUGUGGGUACAAUAUUAAAAGUAAAGGGAAAAGUGCCUGUUAAUCUCUCCAUAAUCAUUGACAAGGCUUUUGUAUUAUCUUGUCUUCCUCUCUAUUUCUUUUUUAAAUAUUGGAAAUAAAAAAACCAUAAUCAAGUAUGGGUUAGGUGCGGUAAGUAGGUUUGGUUAAUAAGCUGCUUCAUGUAAAAAGUUUACUCACCCAAUAAUAGAUAAAUUUCAAAAAAGGUGUAUCCGGUUAUGCCUCACCUCUCUAGAGAGGUGCCCAAUCCUCUCGAGUGAGGUGAGGCCUAACCGGGACUAAAGCCAGGAGGUAGAAGAAUGUAUAGAGGAAGAGAAGGUAAUAUGCCUUUUCGAAUUAACAAACAUUAAUUAAUUGAUUAUGGUGCUGUUAAUAAGUACUUGUUAUAGUUUCCACUGUAGAUUACACUUAGGUUUGAUUAAGUGAAAAGAUUAUUGUUCUAUGCUUGGUUAAUGUCUCUAUGAAUUUUUGUUUAUAUUGUGUAUUUAAAAUUAAUUUGUUGUACAGUACAAAGUACUUGAGAGAUUUUUUAUAUAAAAAUGUUACUAUUUAGUAAUGCUUGUUCAGCACAAUCUGUUGUAUUGACCUUUUGUAUACAUUAUAAAAGGGAAAAAGUAAGCUUGUCAAGAAUAAGUUUUUUUUUACCUUUUCUUUUUGUCAUUGUACCUAGCUGCAGCUACUAUCCCUUUACAAAAAAAUAUUUUAACAUGACAAGCAUACUUUUUUAAAUUACCUUACUAAAAUUUUAUUUUUAUAUGAUCAAAUAUAAAUUGCCAUACCAAUAGAGCUUAUCAAAACAUUUAUUUUUGUUCAUAUGGUAUGAGAAAGACCCAUUUAAAAUAAAUACAAUAAUUACUAAAGACUACAUAGGUAUAUUUGAUGUAUAGUUUUUAUUGAAUAAAACAGUGUUGACAUUG